GCGUUUAGAGCUUUGCGGAGUUUUUCUGUAAAUGAAGGAGUUUAGAAUUGUUAUCUUAAGCCAAUAAGCAUUAUAUUUACUAUAUAUAUGGUUUUUGCUAUAUCCUUUGGGGAACUAUAGGUGUAAAGCUGUAAAAUGAGCGGCUGGGCCGGUUUUUCUGAGGAGGAGUUAAGGAAGAUGCAGCAGAAAGACUCAGCAGUACCCGCAGCAGCAACCCGCGGGCGUAAACAGGCUCCAGCCAACCGGAGUCGGCAGCAGCUACAGCGGGAGAGGGCCCUUCAGCUAGCCGCUCAGAGGAACGCUGGAGUCGGGUCUCCUGGCCUCGCACCCGAGCAACAGCUCACCAAACCGCCGCCACCGAAGGAAGAGCCUCCUCCUCAGCCCACUGCUCCACCAGCAGCUCCGGCUGUCAAACUGGAGGUGCAGCAGAGACCCAGCGAGAUGAAGCCUCCUGCAGAGGAGGAGACCCCGGACAUUAAGGAGCUGGAGAAGCAAGAGGUGGCACUACGGGAAAAGACGCGUCUAGAGCAACUGCAGCAAGAGCAAAAGAUAAUCGAAGAGAGGAAUAAGCGCAAGAAAGCUCUGCUGGCAAAAACUAUUGCUGAGAAGUCUAAACAGACUCAGGCAGAGGCUGUAAAGCUAAAGAGAAUCCAGAAGGAGCUCCAGGCCCUCGAUGACAUGGUGUCCAAUGAUAUCGGCAUCCUCAGAGGCAAGAUAGAACAAGCCAGCUGGGACUACUCCGCUGCCAGAAAGCGUUAUGAUAAGGCAGAGGUGGAGUACGUAGCAGCCAAGCUGGACCUGCACAAGAAGACGGAAGUGAAGGAGCAGCUGACGGAGCACCUCUGCGCCAUCAUCCAGCAGAACGAGCUGCGCAAAGCCCACAAGCUGGAGGAGCUGAUGCAGCAGUUGCAGCUUCAGGCCACUGAGGAGGAACUGGAGAGGCAGAAGCAGGAGGAGGAGGAGAGGAAGAAAGGAAGCUGUGCGGAGAUGCAGAGGAAUGGGAAACAGGGAAAUGGUGCAGUGGAGAAUCAGGAGGGAACAGUGCAAUCAACCAAAGACUGUGGAGCCACAGAGGGAGAGACUGCGAGGGAGGACAAGGGAGGUGACGGCCAGCAAGAGCACCACCCGAUGACUGAGGCACCAAAGAGCGAACAAGACUGUAAAACACUAGGAAACUGUGUUCAGAGUGAAAUUGUGGCUUCCUGAUGUUCAGAAGAAAAAGAUAUGAGCUGUAAAAUAUCUGGACAUUACACACAUACUGCACUGUAGGGAUUCAUAUAAAACACUAAUGUUUAAACUAAUAAUAUCCACAAGAUGAAGUUAUGCUGUCUGUCAGUGCUGUCACGUCGAGGGCUGGGGAUCAAACAGCAUGUUUUUGGUACCGACUAAAAUGUGCUCAAGCGACCCUCUUCACCUAGAUAUUACACUCUUACGCCUUGAUUCCACCAGCAGCGUGAUGAUGACGACAUUACGUCUGUGGUGCUGCUUUGCUCCGUCCUCCACGCGGCUCUUAUUUCCACCGGGAGUGUCUCAGAAGCAGAGUGUCCUGCCGGCUGAUACUCUAGACUUGCUUAGAUUGUGCUUAUUUUGUCAUUUUCCCUUGUUUUUUUGGCAAUUUCUCCUUGAUUCUUCUGAUUCUACCAUGGCAGAGUAGGCUACAUAUAUACUUUACUUUUCUGUCUGUUUAAAUUCUGUUUAUUGAUGUUUUAACCCACUUUGUUGUGCUGCAGCUUGCAGUCUAGCCAGGAACCAAGUAGAUCAAAGAAUUUUGACCGUGUUUCAGUCAAAAAGACACGCUCGUCUCAAUAAUUAUACAGAUCAGUUAAAAAAAACAAAAACCAUGGAUUGAUUUAAGAUUUGUGGCUGUGAUAGUUAAAAACAUAUCCAUCUUAAUAAUUAUACAGAUUAAUAAUAAGUAUGUUUUAAAUGAAAUGGGUAAGUAGUAGAUUUUAACUGUUUUUGUUAAAACUACAGUGCUGUUCUUAAUUAUGAUCUGCCUUCUGUCUUCAUUAAUUGUCCUGCAGGACAGAAUACAGAGGAAUGCUGGAAGGAGGAGAAGAUACUGUUGAUGUAACGUUAGUUAAAUGAGACAUGAUCUUGAGUCCAUGCAAGGUGCUUUAUUUUCAAAAUUGAUCGGAUGAACUGCUGCUUGCCUUCCCGCCUGGAACGAUCUGUUCCGUGUGGUUUGACACGACUACUGUCUGCCUCCGGCAAAAAUAAACUUUCACAGAGCAGAGCGGGGAGCCACUCCUGUGACACACUGAGGCGCGCCCGGUGGAAUCAUGAGCAUUGUCUGGAAUGUCCGUGCUUAGCCAACCAAGGGCUUGGUUGGCUGCAGCCUUUAGUUUUGUUGCAUUUUUCUUAAUGAGCUGUAACAGUGACAUAGCUGCCACAGAUUUUAAAGAUCCCAUAAUAUUUAAAAAAUCAUAUUUCCUUGUCUUUUUAAAGCAGGUAUAGGUGUGAUAUUAAUACAGUGAAAGUGUCAAAAUGCUCAGUCCACAGAGAAAUGCACACAUUCUGUAUUCAGAAAGUGUGCCUUUAAACGAGCCAUCAGGAUUUCCAGGAAUUUGUGAUAUAUAUAUAUGUAUAUAUAAUUUGUGUGUCACAAAUAUACUAUAUUGAUUGGUGUCGAACUUAAAACAUAAACAUUAUAAAUGGGUCCUUUUGUAUUUCCUGUUGGGAGGUUUUUACAGUGUAUGUGAAUGACAUCAGCUGACAGGAAGUAAAGAGGGACCCAAGAUGUUGCCUAGCAAUGCAGUUUAAAUGAUCUAUAAAGGUGGAAAGUGCCACUACAGUCAUUACCCCAGCUCACAUGACGGUGCAAAGUUGUCGAGAGCACUAGUGUGGAAGGCCCAAAAAAACAGUAGCCAAUCAGAGCAGACUGGGCUAUUUGUGAAGGGGGUGUCCUUAAAGAGACAGGCACUAAACAGAGCGUUUCAGACAGAAGGUGUAUACGGGUACAUUCAACCAGUCAGUGUGAGAAAAACAACAUGUUUUUUGUAUAUUGAAGCAUGUAGACAUGUUUUAAUAGAAACCCAGAAUACAAGUAUGAACCUAAAAAUGAGCACAGUAUGGGACCUUUAAAGUUAAGAAAACAGCUUGCAUUUGUAUUGGAUCAGUUUCAAGGAGGAUCUGUUGAAUCGGUACAUCUUUAUUGUUGCCGAUUUUGUUAUAAACAUUGCUUUGUUGUGUUGAUUAAAAAAAUGUUAUCUGGGCAUGUCCUUCGAAAGCUAUUAGUUGUUGCAUUUCAGUAGUAUUUAAACAUAUUAAUUACUGAAUUGUCAAUAAUCUAAAAUUGCCGUCAAAUAUUGGGUCGGAUUCAUAAUUUCGUUUACGGGUUUUUUUUUUAUCAGAUCCUUACUGUUUUGAGUCAAAAUUUUGACAAUUUUAGACAGUAUGUUAUUUUGGCCAACUUCUUAUUGGCUGCUUUUACUGAGACGUUUGAUAUUCAAGAACUCCUGGCUUCUUUUGUGAAAUGAAAGAAGAAAAGACUUUGUAGAGAAAAAGGUAUUGUUUUUGUGAAACAUGAGCACCUUAUCAGUACUAGUAUUGAAAACUUUCCCACCCCAGCCCUCAACACGUGUACCUGCAGGAUCUGACAGAAUCACAUUCAGCUGCAGAGAAAAUCUGAGCUUUUUCAGCCGUUUUCCUCGAUCGGUGGCUUAUUAUGUGUGUGCUUCCAAAAAACAGCUCUUCUUCCAAACAUGUGGUUUUUCAUCAUAUGUGAAUACUCUCUCUGAGCAAAGGUUAUGCUCAGAAGAUGACUGUUUCUGAUUGUCGUCUCUUUGUGGCAACAGUGAAAGAUGGGUCCUGUUUACUUCCUGGAAAGUCUCAGUUUCAUGCAGAUGGAAAGAGGCCUGAAUCCAUUUCUGUUCCAAACAUAAAGCCUGCUGUCUUGUGUGUUGUAGAUGAACAUGUUAGCUGGCGCUGGUCUCGCAUUUCACAAAGCUAAUUCUGGUGUUGUCAGUGCGGCGGAGCUGCAGCGGGCCUCCUGAAUGGUAAGACGAUAUCUGUUAAUGUAUGUACAGAUGCUUUCAGCUGCAUGUCUCUCUGCACAGUUGAUUUUCUCUCGCUGCACAUGGUGUCAAAAAUAAUAUAUGACAGUGAUGCUAAACUUUAUAUAUGUGGGCCUGACCAAAGCCUGAUUGUAUGUUCUGAAGCAGAAGACUGUCACUUAUAAAAAGUUAUUUAAACGGGGUUAAUAUUUAAAAAGGUGAUAUUUAGAUAAACAUUACAGUAUGAUAUUUUACUAAAAUAAACUCUUAA